AUGAUCACAUUAUCAGACUUUUACCACGUCAUGACGGCGGUGGUGCCUCUGUACGUGGCCAUGGUCUUGGCCUACGGCUCCGUCAAGUGGUGGAAGAUCUUCACACCCGACCAGUGCUCAGGCAUCAACCGCUUCGUCGCCCUCUUCGCCGUUCCCUUACUCUCCUUCCACUUCAUCUCCUUAAACAACCCUUACACCAUGAACAUCCGCUUCCUCGCCGCCGACACUCUCCAGAAGCUCAUUGUCCUCGCCGUCCUCGCCGUCUGGUCCAAAGUCAGCAAGCGCGGCUGCCUCGAGUGGACCAUCACCCUCUUCUCCGUCUCCACUCUCCCCAACACCCUCGUCAUGGGAAUCCCUCUCCUCAAAGGAAUGUACGGCGACUUCUCCGGUAGCCUCAUGGUCCAAAUCGUCGUCCUCCAGUGCAUUAUCUGGUACACAUUGAUGCUCUUCAUGUUCGAAUACCGCGGCGCAAGACUCCUCAUCUCCGAGCAGUUCCCGGACACCGCAGGCUCCAUCGUCUCGAUCCACGUCGACUCGGAUAUCAUGUCCUUGGACGGCAGGCAACCUCUCGAAACAGAAGCCGAGAUCAAAGAAGACGGCAAGCUCCACGUCACCGUUCGGAAAUCCAACGCCUCCAGGUCGGACAUUUACUCGAGAAGGUCCCAUUCUCAGGGCCUAUCCUCCAAUACUCCCCGCCCUUCCAAUCUCACCAAUGCCGAGAUUUACUCCCUCCAGUCUUCUAGAAACCCUACUCCUAGAGGCUCCAGCUUCAACCACACCGACUUUUACUCCAUGAUGGCCGCCGGCCGGAACUCCAACUUCGGCUCCUCCGACGUCUUCGGCGGGCCAUUGACCGCGUCGAGAGGCCCGACGCCGCGUCCGUCGAACUACGAGGACGACGGAGGCGCCGCGGUAGGAGCUGCUGCAGCUGGGAGUAACAAGCCGAGGUUUCAUUACCAAGGAGGCGGGAACAAUACAACCGCGCAUUACCCGGCGCCAAAUCCGGGAAUGUUCUCGCCGACCACGGCUGCUUCUAAGAACGUUGUCGCUCCGAAGAGGCCUAAUGGAAAUGGGCCUAAUGGGCCGGCUCAGGACGGCGGGAAAGAUCUUCAUAUGUUUGUGUGGAGCUCCAGUGCUUCUCCUGUUUCUGAUGUGUUUGGAAGUAAUGAAUAUGGCGCUACCGGCCAUGAUCAGAAAGAAGUCAAGUUGGCUGUUUCUCCCGGGAAAGUGGAGGGUAGAAGAGAGAACCAAGAAGAGUACAUGGUGGAGAGAGACGAGUUCAGCUUUGGGAACAGAGUGGUGGAUCAGAUGAACAUGAACGAAGGUGAGAAAGGGGAUUUGAACAAGGCCAAAGUGAUGCCUCCGACGAGUGUGAUGACGAGGCUGAUUCUCAUCAUGGUCUGGAGAAAAUUGAUCAGAAACCCAAACACUUACUCAAGCUUGAUCGGCCUCACUUGGUCUCUCGUAUCCUACAGGUGGCAUUUACAAAUGCCAGCCAUCAUAGCAAAGUCGAUAGCCAUACUAUCAGACGCAGGGCUUGGGAUGGCUAUGUUCAGUCUUGGUCUGUUUAUGGCUUUACAACCAAGGAUCAUAGCAUGUGGAAAUUCCAUUGCAGCUUUUACUAUGGCUGUGAGAUUCCUUACAGGCCCAGCUGUCAUGGCAGCUGCUUCCAUUGCUGUUGGCCUUAGGGGCACUCUCUUGCAUGUUGCCAUUGUCCAGGCAGCUCUACCCCAAGGAAUUGUCCCCUUUGUCUUUGCCAAGGAAUACAACGUACACCCUGAUAUUCUCAGCACGGGAGUUAUAUUCGGCAUGUUGAUCGCGUUGCCCAUUACACUUGUCUACUACAUUUUGCUGGGGCUAUGAAAAACCAGAGAAUCCUUGAGACCAGGAAUGGCUUUUGCAUUCAAAUUUUCGAAGAAGCAGCAAGCAUUCGAUUGGAAGUACUAGCAUCAAAACUUAGAAGGAAAAAGGAGAAAUAGAUGGGUGGAAAUGGAAGAAAGAAUGAAUCUUUAUUUUGAACGCACCUCUUUUGCUAGUAUAAUUGUAAAAUCAGUUUGUAGU